UGCGGUCACGCGCAGCACAGUCGGGCACAAUCGAGGAUCUCCAGCAGUAAAACAUGUUGUGUUUAUUUACUUCUUUCUUGGAUUCCUCUGGAGAGAUCUGCGGGUGUCUGGAGAACAUGUUCGUGUCUGUUGCUUUACUGAUAUUAAUACAGAGUGUCUCUGUGACGCCCGUCACUGUGACCAGCCAAAACCCCCGAGUGCGAGUGCAGGAAUAUUCAGAUGCCGAGCUCUCCUGUGAGUUUAAGACGGAGAUAGACAAUAAUCCACGCAUCGAAUGGAAGAAGAAAGAUAAAGACGUCUCCUUUGUUUAUUUUGAAGGACACUUCAGAGGACCCUUUGAAGGUCGUGCGGAAAUUGACGGGGCGACGGUUCGACUGCGCAGGGUGACUCAGGCCGAUGCGGGCGAGUAUCGCUGUGAGGUCAGCGCGCCGCUCGAUGGCAUCACGCUAGGAGAGACUAACGUCACACUCGCAGUUCUGGUGCCGCCGCACACGCCGUCAUGUGACAUCCCAAGCUCCGCCCUUACGGGCUCUCCGGUGGAGUUGCGCUGCAGUGACCAGCACAGCAUCCCUCCCGCUGUCUAUACGUGGUUUAAAGACAAGAUACCUCUGCCAAUACACAACGCCAACGCCACAUACACCGUCAACAAAUUCACCGGUGUGCUGCUCUUUCAGACGGUCAGCAGGACUGAUACGGGCAAGUAUCACUGUGAGGCCAGAAACGACGUGGGACCCCCGAAGAGCUGCGAGGCCACACACAUGCAGAUCGAUGAUAUGAAUCUUCCCGCGGUGAUCGCUGGUGUUGUUGUUCUGUGCCUGAUCGUGUUAUUGUGCGCUUUGGGAGUGUUUUAUGCUCACCGGCAGGGAUACUUCAGACGUCACAGAGGAAGGUCGUUCUGGAUCCCGCAGUGUCACGGUGUGGCACACAUUAGCAGCCAGAACCUCAACAGAACUGAGGACAAUCAAAAUUCAGGAUACAGUCACACCCCACAGGACCCUCAGGAUUUCAAACACACUCAGUCGUUCAUGCUGUGAUGGCGAAUGGGAUUCGUGACGUCUGUGAUAACACCGCAACCAAAGAAACUUUGUCGAAUUAACUCUCAGCACUAUGGCAACUGUAACAAUGGCAAUACAAUAAAAUUUGAAUUUUCACUUUUGCAAUAAUUCUCCAGAAGCCUUUUGACAGAAAACUAAAUGGGCUGUUUUGAGAGUUUGAUUCUGUUCUGCGCUCAUGUUAACAUUACACUGAUGUGAUUAGUGCGCCCCCUGCUGGCCAUGGGUGAGAUGACCACGUGCGCCCCCUAGUGGCCAAUCGGAUUGUCUUCAGUGAGCAAAGACAAACCCUUCAACCUGUGUAACCUUGGGCCUUAACAAAACAGAAUCUGUAAUCGGACUGUUAGAAAUGUUUUUGCCUUUUUCAUUUAAACGGAACAUCAUGUCUGUUUUCGACUCUCUGUAUAUUUUCAGAAUUAUGUUUUUUAAUAAAUUUGAAGUCGUACU